UAGACUUGGAAGAAAAGCUUGGAUUAUUGGCAUAUAUGUCUUCUCCCCUUGAUAAGCAAGUAGCAACAGGAAAUAGUUCUUUGCUUAGUUGAUGUAUCAAAUCCCAUCACUGUAGCAAAGAAUAAAAAUUUCAGAUUCUUUUUCCCUCACUCAAGUAGACUCCUUGCAUUAUUCCAUCUCAACAUCAAUCAAUCCCUGCUCCUUUAUUUAUUCAUAGCAUCCACAAUAGCUUCAUUCGACCUAUCUAUCUCUCAGUUGACUUUUGUCGAUGAUCUAAUUGAUUAGAGUUGACACUUAUGAAUCUUGGUGAGUUCAGUUCUUCAAUGAUGGAUCUUGUUGAGGCUUUUUGUUUAUUGAUUGAUUUCUUUAUGAUAAUGUUUUUGUUCCUAGUGCUUGCAAAUGCAAUGCAAGCCGCGUGCCAUUUUGAUCCUUUGAGGAGGAUGGAGUUGCUUCAUCUUCUUGUUCUGUGCUUUUCCGUCGGCCUUGUCGGCGGCAACAGAACUUCGGCGCCGCCCGGUGAAGUCAACCUUGGCGCCCUCUUCAACUUCGGUUCGACGAUCGGAAGGGCGGCGAAGCUGGCCGUCGAGUUGGCCGUCGAGGAUGUCAACAGCGAUCCGCGCGUUCUCGCCGGCACCAGACUCAACUUGCUGGCACAGGACACUAAGUGCAGUGGGUUUCUUGGCACUGUUCAGAGUUUGCAAUUGCUGGAGAAAAAUGUGGUGGCCAUCGUCGGCCCACAGUCCUCCGGAAUCGCCCAUGUCGUCUCUCACAUUGCGCAUGAACUCCAUGUCCCCCUUCUCUCCUUCGCAGCUACUGAUCCUGCUCUUUCCUCCCUCGAGCACUCCUAUUUCGUACGCACAACCCAAAGCGACUACUUCCAGAUGAACGCCAUUGCCGAUUUGGUGGCUAACUUUGGUUGGAGAGUGGUCACUGCCAUCUUUGUAGACGAUGACUUCGGAAGAGGUGGAAUAAAUGCUCUGGAAGAUGCUCUGAUGAAGAAACACAUCGAGAUCUCCUCCAAAGCUGCUGUUCCUCCUAACGCCGAGACAAGUGCGAUCAACGACGUGCUGCUGAAGGUGAUGUUGAAGGAGUCUAGAAUCUAUGUUGUUCACGUAAACCCUGAUUCUGGUCUCAAAGUUUUCUCCGUCGCAAAAUCUCUGGGAAUGAUGGCUGCUGGUUAUGCAUGGAUCGCAUCGGAUUGGCUCGCUACUGUCCUAGAUUCAUCUCACCCACCCAACGCCGACACAAUGGAGCUCAUACAAGGUGCCAUUGCUCUGCGCCAGCAUGUUCCGGAUUCCAAUCUCAAGAGAGCAUUCACUGCGAGAUGGAACAAUUUGGAACAGAGCAGGAAUGUGACAUCCGGCCUGAACACUUAUGCUCUGUACGCUUAUGAUUCAGUGUGGCUAGCUGCCAAUGCUAUCGAUCAGCUCAUCGGUGAAGGGCAAACAUUUGAAUUCUCCGGCGAUCCGAGGCUGAAGGAUUCAAAUGAAAGUCCGCUUCAUUUGAGCGCCCUUAAGUAUUUCUCCGGCGGCGACAAACUAGUUGAGAAACUGUUGCAAACAAACUUCACUGGUCUGACAGGCCUGUUUGAGUUCGACUCCAAUGGAAACUUAAUCCAUCCAGCCUUUGACAUCCUUAAUAUUGGGGGAACAGGUUUCAGGAGGAUAGGCUUUUGGUCGAAUGAAUCAGGUCUUUCAGUUGUUCCUCCUGAAAAUGCCUCAUCUAACAGAACUCAGGAACUCUACAGUGUCAUCUGGCCCGGCGAAAGUUCCACUAAGCCUCGCGGUUGGGUGUUCCCGAUCGACGGAAAGCCUCUAAGGAUCGCAGUCCCUUACAGAACAAGCUUCAAAGAAUUUGUAACCAAAGAUACAGGCCCUGACAAUGUGAAGGGCUACUGCAUUGAUGUGUUUAAGGCUGCAGUGAGCUUGCUGCCGUUUCCAAUUCCUUACACAUUUGUUCUUUUUGGAAAUGGUACUAAGAAUCCAAGCUACAACGAUAUGGUGGAACAGGUUUAUGAAAAUCACUUUGAUGCAGCUGUCGGAGAUAUAUCGAUAGUGACCAACCGAACAAGAUUCGUCGAUUUUACUCAGCCGUUUAUCGAGUCGGGGCUCGUCAUUGUUGCACCUGUGAAAAGGAAAUCCUCAAAUGCUUGGGCUUUCUCAGAACCUUUCACCAUGAAGAUGUGGUGUGUCACAGGGGCUGCCUUCCUUUUAGUUGGACUAGUAGUUUGGAUUCUCGAGCAUCGUCUGAACAACGAAUUUCGGGGGCCGCCGAAGGAACAACUAAGAACAAUUUUUUGGUUUAGUUUCUCAAUUAUGUUCUUUGCACACAGAGAAUCAGCUAAGAGUACCCUUACGCGGUUCGUGCUGAUUGUGUGGAUGUUUGUGGUCUUGAUCAUCAACUCAAGCUACACAGCCGGACUGACAUCUCUUCUCACUGUUCGACAACUCUCGUCGAACAUCAAAGGGCUUGAGAGCUUGAUCUCGGGCUCAUACCCCAUCGGCUUCCAAGUUGGUUCCUUUGUAAGGGACUACAUGAUCGAAGACCUCAGCAUAGAUGAGUCCAGACUCGUGCCACUCAACGGCCCGAACGAGUAUGCCGACGCACUCGACCUCGGGCCGCAAAAUGGCGGCGUGGCGGCGGUCGUCGAUGAGCUUCCUUACGUCGAGCUCUUCUUGUCGGAUAAUUGCCGGUACAUGACAGUCGGGCAGGAGUUCACAAGAAGUGGCUGGGGUUUUGCAUUCCCAAGAGACUCCCCUCUCGCCGUAGACUUGUCGACGGCGUUGCUGACGCUGUCGGAGAAAGGUGACCUCCAGAGAAUCCACGACAAGUGGCUGACGGCUAGCGAAUGCGGCGCCGACGACAGUCAGGUCGAUUCGAACCAGCUGAGACUCGCGAGCUUCUGGGGCAUGUUCCUGAUUUGUGGCCUGGCGUGUUUGGUGUCGAUCGUCAUCUUCUUGCUGAGGGUUCUUCAGCAGUACAUGAAGUACGGUGAGGUAGGAGGUGAAGAAGAACAAUCCGAGUCCGGCGGCGGCAGUAUCCAGUGCACGAGUAGCUUUAAGGGUCUGAUUUCGUUUGUGGAUAAGAAGGAAGAAGACGUCAAGAAAGGCAAGAAGGAGAGCGAUAAGCAAUGACGAGAUCCGCAUUUUGAUUUCGUUUGUGAGAUUUUUUUUUUCUUGUUUCGAAAAUAAAAAUUGUUUAUUUGUUGGAUGGUGCGACGACGGCUGUCGUUGAGCUGCACAAAAUCUAGCAGAGCAUUUCCAGCUGUUUGCUACACCACCAAAGUUGCCGUUUUGGACAACAACGAUGAUGUUACGCGGUC